AUCAAGAUCACCGUACUAACCCCCUUUUCUAACUUCAUAGCUCUAAACGUCGCUUAAAUCAUACCUCUGUCGCUCAAUCUCCCUCUUUCCACGAGGCCCUCUCUCUCUCAAACCUUUCUCAUUUCUCUGUCUCUCGCUCUAAAAUACCACAAAACCCUCUCACAAAAACCAAAGUUCCAUUCUCUCUCUCUCUCUCUCUCUCUCUCUCUCCUGUUUGAGCUCUAAAAGCUGUAGGCGAGGAUUUGAGGAAGCUGCCUUCAACUCCAGACCAGUUGGCUUUCAGGGAAUAUGGCAAAUCAAUUGCCGAAUGGAGGCUUUCAAGGAGGUCCAGAGGACCCCAAGCUCUUGACCAAGCACAAGAAUCAUAUCUCUAACGAAAUAUGGACAAGGGUGAGUGAUUCAAGUGGAGAAGAUGAAGGUAAAGAUCCAGAAGCUGAAGAGAUUGACUCGGAAGAUGAGUUAUCUCUUAAGAGUGAUUCAAGUGGAGAAGAUGAAGGUAAAGAUCCAGAAGCUGAAGAGAGUGACACCUUGGAAGAUGAGUACCUUUCAAGUGGAGAUGAUGAAGGGAAAGAUGCAUCUGCAGCGAGUGAGUCUGCGGAAGUUGAGAAUGAUUCGAGUGGAGAAGAUGAAGGUGAAGAUCUGAAAGCUGAAGAAAGUGACUCUUCGGAAGAUGAGGUCUCACCAAGGAAUACAAUAGGGAAUGUUCCUCUUGAAUGGUACAAGGAUGAGGAACACAUAGGAUAUGAUAGAGAUGGGAAGAAGAUUAAAAAGAAAGCUAGGAAGGAUAUGCUUGAUGCCUUUCUUGCAAGUACUGAUGAUUCAAAGAACUGGCGAAAAUUAUAUGACGAGUACAAUGAUGAAGAGAUAGAUUUGACAAAAGACGAGAUAAAGAUUAUUCGUCAAUUGUUAAGAGGAAAAACCCCACAUCUUGAAGUUAACCCAUAUGAGCCUUAUGUUGAUUGGUUCACCUGGGAUGGAAAAGGGCAUCCGUUAUCAAAUGCUCCAGAGCCCAAGAGGCGUUUUAUUCCUUCGAAAUGGGAACAUAAAAAGGUUGUUGAGUAUAUCAGAAAAAUUCGGAAAGGGUUAAUAAAAUUUGAGAAAAAGAAGGAAGAACUGCGGUUUUAUAUGAUAUGGGAUAAUGAGUCUGCACCAACGGAAAAAGCAUCACAAAGAUUAAGUCAUAUUCAAGCACCAAAACAAAAUUUACCUGGCCAUGAUGAGUCAUAUAAUCCAUCCAUGGAAUAUAUUCCUACUCAAGAAGAGAUCAACUCUUACCAGUUGAUGUAUGAGGAAGAUCGACCCAAGUUUAUUCCAAGACGGUAUGAACGAUAUAGAGUUAUUCCGGCGCAUGAGAAAUUGCUAAGGGAAUUUUUUGACCGUUGCUUAGAUCUAUAUUUGUGUCCAAGGUCUAGGAAAAAGCGGAUUAAUAUCGACCCGGAAUCCUUGAAGCCUAAGCUUCCGAGCCCAAAAGAUCUCAAACCUUACCCGGUGACUUGUUUUCUUGAGUACCGAGGUCAUAGUAGUUUUGUUCUUUCAAUUUCCAUGGAAGCAUCAGGCCAAUGGAUUGCUUCUGGUUCAAGCGAUAGAACUGUGCGUGUUUGGGAGGUGGCAACUGGUAGAUGCUUUAGAGUUUGGGAGUUUGAUGUACCAGUGCAGCAUGUUGCAUGGAAUCCUCGGCCUGAACUCCCAAUAUUAGCUGUUGUCAUGGGGCAAGAGGUGCUUGUUUUAAAUUUAGGGCUAGGAACUGCAGAGGAACAAGAAAAAGUUAAAGAACUAUUGCAUGUUGAAGCACAUUCUGUUCCAGAUGACAAUGGUGAAAACCAAUCUGUUGUGAGUUGGUCUCAACAUGACAAGCAUGAUGGUAUCAAAUUGAAGCAUUUCAAGACUGUAUCUUUGGUUGCCUGGCAGUGUAAAGGAGAUUACUUCACAACAGUUGUACCAAGUGGUGAUUCUAGAGCAAUAAUGUUGCACCAGCUAUCGAAGAAGCAAACACAUAUUCCAAUCAGGAAGUUGCAUGGACUUCCUGUUUCUGCUAUUUUCCAUCCUUCUCGUCCAACGUUCUUCAUUGCAACCAAGAGGGUUGUUCUUGUUUAUGAUCUUAAGAAAAUAAGGCUUCUUAAGAAGUUGCAAACUGGGCUACGUGAGAUAUCAUCCCUUGCAAUCCAUCCUGGAGGUGACAAUCUGAUCAUCGGGAGCAGAGAAGGAAAACUAUGUUGGUUUGAUUUGGAUCUUUCUUCGCAAGCAUACAAAACAUUGAAGAAUCACUCGAAGGACAUUCUGAAUGUGGCCUUCCAUCGUUCCUAUCCUCUGUUUACAUCAUGCUCUGAUGACUGCACAGCCCAGGUUUUUCAUGGUAUGGUUUACUCAGAUCUGAACCAGAACCCUCUUAUUGUUCCACUAAAGGUUUUGCAAGGGCAUAAGAGCGUGGAUGGUCGAGGAGUUAUGGACUGUAAGUUCCAUCCCAAGCAACCAUGGUUGUUUACCGCAGGAGCUGACUCAGUUAUCAGGCUGUACUGUGACUAAUUCGUAUUGCACACUUCCAACUGUGAGCGAAGAGGAAAUUUUUGGCUGUCGGAAUUCACAUCCUGUUUCUUAUGCCAUCUUUAUGUCGUUUAAUCUCGAGAGAGGGAGAGCGGGUGCAGAAUGUCCCUUUCCUAGCCAUUGUUGAGAGAGAGAGAGAGAGAGAGAGAGAGAGAGAGAGA